CCCCCCCCCCCCCCCCCCCCCCCCCUCCUCAAUACCCUCACACCACUUCUGCUGCAACCCAUACAACACUCACAAUGCCCAGCUUCAAGGUCGUCGAGGACAGGCCCACGCCCAAGGAGGUCUACAACCUCCGCAUUUGGGGCUGCGCAGCCGUCGCAGCAUCCGCAGCCAUCAUGAUCGGCUACGACUCGGCCUUUGUCGGAGGAGCCAUCACCCUCAAGGGCUUCCUCAAGGACUUUGGUACCUUGGACCCCAACACAUCAGCCAAUCUGGUCACUACCUACCAGGCAGGUGCCUUCUUCGGUGCCUUCAUGGGAUACCCCCUAGGCUUCUUCGCCGGCCGAAAGUGGGGACUCAUGACAUGUGCCCUCCUCUUCACCAUCGGCUCCAUCGUCAUGAUUUGCGCCAAUGGUAACACUGGUCUCGCCCCCAUCUACGCUGGUCGUGCCGUCGCUGGUCUCGCCAUCGGUGCCGCCUCGUCUCUCGCCCCUACCUACAUUUCUGAAAUCUCCGUUGCGUCCAUUCGAGGUCAGCUCGUCGGUCUCUACGAAAUCGGCUGGCAGCUGGGAGGCAUCGUCGGCUUCUUCAUCAACUACGGUGUCUCUCUUCACAUUCCCAUCUCCACUAGGCAGUGGGUGGUUCCCUUUGCUGUGCAGAUCAUCCCAGGUGGUAUGCUCGUCCUUGGCUGCUUCUUCCUCGUCGAGUCACCCAGGUGGCUUGUAUCCCGCGGCCGCAAUGCCGAUGCCGUGCGCGCGCUGAGCAAGCUGCGAAAACUCGAUGCCAUGCACCCAUACAUGAUCGAGGAGAUGGGCGAGAUGGAGCAGGCAUACGAGAAGGAGCGCGGUCUCCUCGGCGGCAGCACCAGCUUCUGGGCACCCUUUGUUCAGAUCUUCACUACCAAGAGCACCCUCUGGAGGCUGGUUCUGGGUAGCUCCCUCUUCGCCUUCCAGAACGGUACCGGAAUCAACGCCAUCAACUACUACUCGCCUACCGUCUUCAAGUCCCUGGGCAUCGUUGGUGCUAACACCGGUCUGCUCACCACUGGUAUCUUCGGUGUGAUCAAGACCCUGGGCGCCUUUGUGUGGAUCUGGCUCCUCAUUGACAGGAUUGGACGAAGGAAGAUUCUCAUGACUGGAUCCAUCGGUGGUGCCAUCUGCAUGCUUGCCAUUGCCAUCUACAUUGCCGUUGACAAGCCAGCUUCCCACUCCGGCCAAGGCAUCGACUCUGCUGGACGAUUCUCCAUUGCCUGCUUCUACAUCUGGACCAUCUUCUACGGUGCCUCGUGGAACGGUACUCCUUGGGUCGUCGGAUCGGAGAUCUUCCCCAUGCAGUCUCGAUCCCUCGGAAUGGUCUUCAUGGCUGCCAGCAACUGGCUGUACAACUUUGCCAUUGCCCGUGCCACCCCCGUUGCCUUCCUCAACAUCGGAUGGGGCUUCUACCUCAUCUUUGCCUGCCUCAUGUUCAUCUCCGUGCCAUGGAUCUUCUUCAUGCUCCCAGAGACCAAGGGCAUUCCGCUGGAGAAGAUGGACGACCUGUUCAAGACCAGGCCAGUGUGGAGGGCAAACGAAAUCGUUCACGCCUCGCUCGCCGAGCUACACGCAGCCGACUUUGCUGCCAUUGAGAGGUCUCAGAACCGUGGCGGUGCCGGCUUGGAGAGUGGCUCCCUUGGCGAGGAGAAGAAUGGUUCUGGUGAAGCAGUCGAUUCGCUCACCAGGGAUGCCUAAGUCAGGUGAGGGGUCUUUCCCCCUUGUUCUCUCUCGUUACAGUCUCUUCUUGUCACCUCACUCGUCUCUUGUAGCAGGCCCUCGAUUCGUGAAGAUCGUGAGCGGCCCAGCAUUUAUAAGCAUGUCUCUGCGCUCCCUCGUUGUAUAGUUAUCCUCAUCAGUCUCAGUCACGAAACAAAAUCAAUUGACCAGAGUCGCAAACGAACCAUCUUAAUUACUAUACCGUCAUAACGCGAAUCU